CCGCGGCCGCGCGUCGCUGUUGGCUACGGCGGCUGCAUGGACCUGUUCGCACGCGCGCUGCACGUGCUGGACGGCGGCAAGUGCGCCGUGCGCGCCAGCCACCACGGCUUCCUGCACGAUCGCGUCCCAGCUGCAUCAGACGUUCCUCUACUUCUUCCAGCACGGCGCCGCCGCCGAACGGUACGUCUCGGACGCGGACCUGUUCGCCGAGCUGGUGGCGGCGGCUCGCAGUGCGCCCGAUGCCCGCUACGUGGUGGGCGGCAACGCGCCCGUGAUGGCGGCCCGGUUCGCGCGCGAGGGCUGCUCGGUGCUGCUGGGCAGCGGCCGCUACCCGGGCCAGCAGGUGCCCGAGGACGUGCGCGUGGUGGGGCCGGAGGCGGCGCGACCCGACGUCCACCUGAUCCUCGAGUACGGCGCCGACGCCAGCUGGUGCGGCCACACCACCACCCGCGCCAACAGGUUUAUUAUUCACAGCGACGUGGCCAAUCCCACGAUCUCUGCUCUGGAGGAUUUCGGCGAGGCCUUGAAGAAGUUUGACCCGGACCUGCUCGUGGUCUCGGGACUCCAGAUGAUGGAUAACUUCCCAUUCGAGAAGGGCGCGCGGCCCGAGCGCCUGCGCCUGCUGCGGGACCAGAUGCGCUCACAGCCGGCCCGCACCAAGAUCCACUUCGAGAUGGCCAGCUUCGCUGACACCGGCUUGCUGCGCGAGAUGAUGCAGAUGGUCACGCCUUACGUCGACUCCAUGGGCAUGAACGAACAGGAGCUGCCGAACCUGCACAGCAUGGUGCUGUACGGCAACGUGAGCCUGGUGUCAGACGCCAACCCGCGCGUCGCCACCGUGCUGGACCAGAUGCGCACCGUCAUGAGGGUGCUGGGUGAGGAGGCGCCGGCCGAGCCCGGCCGCCGGCCGCUCUCUCGCCUGCACGUGCACACGCUGGCCUUCCAGGCCAUCAUGACGCGCCGCGACGGCAUCUGGAGCAACUCGAUGUCGGCGGCGGCGCGCGCCUCACUCACCGCCCACCGCCACAUCUGCGGCACGAAACAGGUGGACACAAGAAAGGCGCGCCUCAUCAUGGACGAGAGCUUCUCAGUGUCUGGCGAGCCGGGCAGCCGACGGGUGCCGUUCGACCCGGCCCGGCCUGUCAGCUGCUGGAACGAGGGACUCUACGAGAUGUGCGUGGCGCCUGUGCUGGUCUGCACGGAGGUGUACCAGACGGCGGGCGGCGGCGACAACAUCUCGUCGGCCGGCCUGGUGCCGCAGAUCCUCUGACGGGCGGCUGAGGAACAUGCCGGCCCGCUGUUGGCUGACGCGGCCUGGCGGCGGGGGCCGCGCCGGCUCGCAGCCGGCCGGGAACGGCCGGGACGGUUGGCUUUGUCCCGUCCGGACAAGCGUUGCACGAGGAGAUUGUGCGAAGAUGCCAGUUGGGACCAACAGGUCGGUGGUUUCCAAGCAGAUUAGGUGGCCUUUUUCGAGUUGUUUGGAAUGGGCACCGAAAUUAACGUCUCGGGGUGAAGCGUACCGUGAUAUGGGGCGAAUACUGAGCUCAGCACCAGACGCGGCGUGCCAGUCGCCUCGUCGCCGAAUGUGGUCAAAGUUCAGGUAAGAUCGCCAGCUCGUUAAACUAGUCUUGACUAUCAAAAUGCUGUGGCUUUUGCCAAGUGAUCAGGGCUGUUGUUCGGUUGGGAGGGGUGCGACUCGCCACGUGACCGGACCAUCCCGCUCGCUGCGCCUGUCGGAGGUGGCAGCGCGCUGAAACGAAGCGUCACGACAUGGUCAUCUCCCGGUGAUAUGUUCAAUGGACGGUGCCGUCCGUGAUACGUUGUCUUCGCUCGUAUGUGCACGUGUCCACCCAUUUGUGACCCCUGGGGUCAUCCAACGCGAUGAAAUCGGGCAGCAAGCGGGCGAUCAGGGUACUUACUGUAAGCAAAAUGCGGGGUGGACCCGGAGUGAGUGCCAUCAUUCCAAACGCUGCGCAGUCUGCCACGCCGGGACGCAUCGUUUAUUUGACCAGCCAGUCAUCCAUUCCGCUACGGCCGGGGGUUGGAUUCCCAUUUCAGCACGGUGUGCAUUAUUUUCUGUAUCCGUUUGUGUUCGGCGCGCCCGCGCAAUAGAAGUGACGAAAUA